UUCUGUGUAGAUUGCGCUCGUGCCGACUCUUCCACAAUACGUGGAAAGCGUGAGUUUCUCUAUUCCGAUUCAACAUGUCAAAUUUUUCUUGAAUUUCUGACGAAUAUUCACGAGAAAAGCAAGAACCAGCGCGUAGAUAAUCUUCCAUUCAUCGAAGAGCUUUCUCGGCACAGUACAGACUGAGAAAUUAUAGAUUUUUUCUUGGUGCUUAACGUGGUAAACGAACGACACGAUGAGCGCACCCCAGGGGCAAGGGAAACAACGACACGGUGUAGUAAAACAGGUUACUUCAGGAGAUACCAUUAUUAUUCGUGGCCAACCUAUGGGUGGCCCUCCUCCAGAAGUUACCAUUAUUCUUUGUAACAUCACUGCUCCAAAAUUAGAAAGAUGGAAAGGAAAUGAUAGUAUGGAUGAAAGUAAAGAUGAACCAUAUGCUUGGGAAGCUAGAGAAUUUUUACGUAAAAAACUUAUUGGUCAAGAUGUAACUUUUGUUACAGAAAAAUCAAUGACAACCAGAACUUAUGGUACUGUGUGGCUAGGAACAGAUAGAAAUGGAGAAAAUGUAAUUGAAACAUUGGUGUCUGAGGGUUUGGUAACUGUAAAAAAAGACACUAGAAAUCCAAGUUCUGAACAAAAUCGAUUAAUUGAACUAGAAAAUGCAGCUAAGAACGCUAAGAAAGGAAAAUGGUCAGAAUCACCAAGUUCUGAACACAUACGUGAUGUAAAAGGAACUGUGGAUGAUCCUCGUAAAUUGGUUGAAAAAUUCGGAAAGAAGCCAAUAAAAGCUAUCAUUGAAUACGUGUUUGAUGGAUCUACAGUGAAAGCACUUUUAUUACCUGAUUUUUAUAAUAUAGUAUUAAUGAUAUCGGGUGUUCGAUGCCCUGGAUGGCCAAAUGGACGGCGUGAGAAUCCAGUAGGCGAUCCUUAUGCAGAUGAAGCAAGAUAUUUUGUAGAAUCCCGCCUUUUACAUAGAGAUGUUGAAGUAGUACUUGAAUCUGUUAAUAAUAAUAAUUUUAUUGGCAGCAUUCUUCAUCCAAGGGGAAAUAUUGCAGAAAUUUUGUUGAGUGAAGGUUUUGCUAAAUGCCAAGAUUGGUCAAUUAAUAAUAGCAGGGCUGGUGCAGAGAAACUUUAUCUUGCAGAGAAAGCUGCAAAAGAGGCACGUUUACGUUUAUGGAAAGAUUACAAACCAUCAGGUCCACAAAUAGAAUUUACUGGUACUGUUGUUGAGAUUGUCAAUGCAGAUGCACUUAUCAUUAGGACACAAAAUGGAGAGAACAAGAAAGUCUUUUUGAGUAGUAUUCGACCACCGUCCAGAGAAAAGAAACUUAACGACGAACCUAAUAAUGCAAGCAGAAAAGAUUUUAAACCUCUUUAUGAUAUUCCAUGGAUGUUAGAAGCCCGUGAAUUCUUGCGCGAAAAAUUCAUUAGGAAGAAUGUCAAAGUUGUAGUUGACUACACUCAACCCGCAAGAGACAAUUUUCAAGAAAAAUUAUGCUGCACUGUUACUUGCGGUAAAACGAACAUUGCGGAAGCUUUGGUUGCACGAGGUUUAGCAAGAGUAAUCAAAUAUAGGCAAAAUGACGAUCAACGUUCAGCUCAUUACAACUUGUUACAAGUUGCAGAAAGUAAAGCAGAAAAAUCUCAACACGGUUUGCAUUCAAAGAAAGACAUCCCUGUACACAGAUUAGUAGAUCUUUCUAAUGAUCCUUCAAAGGUAAAGGCAUUUUUAACGUCCCUUAAACGAGCACAGGGCAUUAAAGCUGUAGUUGAAUUCGUUACUAGUGGUUCGCGUCUAAAAUUGUUUUUGCCAAAAGAGGACCAAGUUAUUACAUUUGUAUUGGCUGGUAUAAGAACUCCGCGAUGUCAAAGAUCAUUGCCAGGUGGUGGUAUCGUUAAAGCAGAUGAAUAUGGUGAAAAAGCGUUAGCCUUUACUAGGGAGCAUUGCUUCCAAAGGGAUGUGGAAAUAAAAAUUGAAAGUACAGAGACGAAAGGUAGUGGAUUUAUUGGAUGGUUAAUAGUAAAUGACAUUAACAUGUCUGUUAGUCUUGUGGAAGAGGGACUUGCUGAAGUAGUUACUUUCCCUGAUUUUGGAGAACUAACAAGAACGCUUAAAGCAGCAGAAGAACGUGCCAAAACAAAGAAACUUAACAUGUGGAAGAAUUUUGUAGAAGUACAAGUUGAAAAUGAGAAAAACGAAAACGAAAAAGAAGUCGUAGAAAGAAAAAUUGAUUACCAACAGGUAGUACUUUCUGAAGUUACUGAAGAUCUUCAUUUUUAUGCACAAAGCUCUGAUCAGCGUAGCAGAUUGGAAACUUUACUUUUGCAAUUGCGUCAAGAAUUAGCAUCUAAUCCUCCUCUUCCGGGUGCAUACAAGCCAACUAGAGGUGAAUUAGCAGUGGCCAAAUUUACUGGUGAUGACCUGUGGUAUCGCGUCAAAAUAGAAAAAGUUUCUGGUCCAAAUGUCAAUGUAUUUUAUAUUGAUUAUGGCAACAGAGAAACGAUUAAUGUUACAAGAGUUGCCGAUUUACCAUCAAGAUUUGCUACUGAUAAACCUUAUGCUCACGAGCAUACUCUCGCUUGCGUUGCAGCUCCAAAUGAUAAUGAAGACAAGAGGGUGGCAGUUGAAGCCUUUAAGGAAGACGCAAUGGAAAAAGUUUUAUUGAUGAAUACGGAAUAUAAAUUAAACAACAAUGUUACUGCUGUAACUUUGGUUGAUACUUCUACUAAUGAAGAUAUCGGGAAGGGUCUCAUUUCUGAUGGAUUAUUGCUUGUUCAGAACCAACGAGAUAGGAGACUUACUAAAUUGAUCGAAGAAUACAAGAAAUCAGAAGAAGAUGCAAAGCAUAAUCGACGUAAUAUUUGGAGAUAUGGUGACAUACGCGCAGAUGAUGAAAAAGAAUUUGGAUUGUAAAGAAGUAAAUGCUCAAGGACUGGUUAAAAAGUGAUUAAUACAGGGAAAAAGACAUCAUGUUAUGAACUGCAUAAUAAUUAUGUAA